GACCGCCCAGGCGCCGCCUGUGUGCGCGCGGGACAGGCGGCAGCGCGGGCAGCCCGCGGGGCCUGAGCGGGCAGCAUGGACGACGAGGAGGAGACGUACCGGCUGUGGAAGAUCCGCAAGACCAUCAUGCAGCUCUGCCACGACCGCGGGUACCUGGUGACCCAGGACGAGCUGGACCAGACGCUGGAGGAGUUCAAGGCGCAGUUCGGGGACAAGCCCAGCGAGGGCCGCCCCCGCCGCACCGACCUGACCGUGCUGGUGGCUCACAACGACGACCCCACCGACCAGAUGUUCGUCUUCUUCCCCGAGGAGCCCAAGGUGGGGAUCAAGACGAUCAAGAUGUACUGCCAGCGCAUGCAGGAGGAGAACAUCACCCGGGCCCUGAUCGUGGUGCAGCAGGGAAUGACCCCCUCGGCCAAGCAGUCCCUGGUGGACAUGGCUCCCAAAUACAUCCUGGAGCAGUUCCUGCAGCAGGAGCUUCUGAUCAACAUCACUGAGCACGAGCUGGUCCCAGAGCACGUUGUCAUGACCAAGGAGGAGGUGACAGAGCUACUGGCCCGAUACAAACUGAGGGAGAACCAGCUGCCCAGGAUCCAGGCCGGGGACCCUGUGGCCCGGUACUUUGGGAUAAAGCGCGGCCAGGUGGUGAAGAUCAUCAGGCCCAGCGAGACAGCAGGACGAUACAUCACCUACAGGCUGGUGCAGUGACCCCAGCGUGGGGUGUGAGGAGUUGUGUGACACCUCCCAGUCUCCCCUCCCACCAGCAGUUUACAGGCACUCGGAGCUUCCUGCCCUUCCAGAGAUGGCCAAGGAAAUCCUCUUCCCAGGCUGCCUCUCUGCAGUCCUGUCACUGGGCCUCCUCCCCGUUUUCCAGCUUGGACUUUGCUGUAACCCCUCAGUGCCAUCCAGGACUCGGCCGUGGAGUCCUGAAGUGAGAGGGAAAGGCCUUUUCUUCCCUGUUUUAUGGGCUCUGGUUUGUAAUAAAGGUUUGUACCCUCACUG